ACCGGCGAGAGUCUGGGGGAGGGGACCCGCGCGGACCGAGUCGAGCCCCGACGAUCGAUCGCAUUUUCGGGAUCGUGGACAAAAGAGUGAAGCGGCACGUUGGCUGCGAUAAGAGGGAGAGGAAGCUGGCUGAACUGGGAUCUUUCCAUUUGGCAAGAUUUUCCGACAUUGAGUGGUGACUAGCAAACUGGCCCCUUUUCGAAUCGUCUAGCUUUUUAAAAAAAAGUUACAUAACAGCUGCGGCCUCGAGUUUCCUCUCUUUCUCUGCAUCAUAUUUAUUUUGGGUGAAAAUUCUCUGUGGAGAAAUGUCUUCAGCGGACUAUUACGAAUCGACGGACUAUCUGGACGAAUAUUACGAGUCUUCCCGGCACCCAUCUAAGAGGCUCAAGGUCGACGAAAGCGACACCGAUUUCGACAGCGAGGAGGAUGAAGGACGCGAUGUCGGCGGCUCGGAUGCUGGGGAUCGUGAUAGAGAUCGAGAUCGCGAUAGAGAUAGAGACAGGGAUCGAGAUCAUGAUCGACCGAGAAGCCAACACAAAACUGCCCCAUCUCCUGUGGUUCAUGUCCGUGCUUUGUGCGACUCCGUGAUCGAAGCUGACCUGGUGAAAGGUGUUGAUCGAUUUGGACUCAUAAGCUAUGUGAUGAUGUUACCUAACAAACGGCAAGCUCUGGUGGAAUUUCAAGAUUUGCGAAGUGCCCAGAAGUGUGUUGCUUAUGCUAAACGGCGGAUUGUCAAUAUUGCUGGGCAUCCUGCUUUCUUUAACUUCUCCACGAGUCAACGGAUCACUCGCCCCGGGGGUCCUGAAGACCCAAAGCAUGUCAACAAUGUUCUCUUCUUAUCUAUUCAGAAUCCUCUGUAUCCAAUCACAACGGAUGUUCUGUAUACUGUCUGCAAUGCGUGUGGUCCAGUCUUGCGUAUUGUCAUCUUCAAGAAGAAUGGAAUACAGGCUCUCGUUGAAUUUGAUUCAGUCCAAAGUGCCCAGAAGGCAAAGGCCUCACUGAACGGUGCAGACAUUUAUUCUGGUUGCUGCACACUCAAAAUUGAGUAUGCUAAGCCUACUCGACUGAACGUGUUCAAGAAUGAUAGCGAGUCCUGGGACUACACUAAUCCCGAUUUAACUGCUCGAGACGAAAGAAGGCGACAAGGACAGCCAGCCCUUCUAGGAGAUCAUCCUUCAACAUAUGGAGGCUAUCAAACAAGUCCAUUGGCAUUAGCGCACAGAAUGGAUCCACGCUCUUCCAGCAGUAGACCCAUGCAUCUCUACUCUGCUCCUGACUUUGAAUUUGUGCCCCAGGGCAAGGUCAUAAUGAUUUAUGGACUUAAUCCACACAAAAUGAAUUGUGAAAAAAUCUUCAAUCUUCUGUGCCUCUAUGGUAAUAUUGAAAAGGUGAAGUUCAUGAAGAGCAUGCCUGAUGCUGCCAUGGUUGAAAUGGGAGAUGAAUUUUCUGUGGAGCGAGCAAUCACUCAUCUGAACGGCGUGGAGAUGUUUGGAAAGAAACUUAACUUGUGUGUCUCUAAACAGGCAUCAAUUGUGCCAAGUCAAUCAUAUGAGUUGAUAGAUGGUACCGAUAGUUACAAGGAGUUCACCAACUCGAGGAAUAACCGCUUCACUAAUCCUGGACAGGCAGCCAAAAACAGGAUCCAGCCUCCUUCCAAUGUACUUCACUUCUUCAAUGCUCCACCUUGUGUUACAGAGGAAAUCUUUCAAGAGGUGUGCGAAGACUGUGAACUGAAACCUUUUAGAACUUUCAAGACAUUUACUGGAAAAUCUGACAGGAGUUUAUCUGGCCUGUUGGAAUGGGAGACGAAAAGUGAUGCUGUGGAAGCACUGACUGUGCUGAAUCACUACCAGAUGAAAAACACCAAUGGCCCAUAUCCUUACACCUUGAAACUCUGUUUUUCCACCAUGUCCCACGCAUGAAGAUUCAAAAUAAGUCUAAAGAAGAUUUUGAAUUAACACUUGUAGUCGACAUAUACAGGCCACUUACAAAUUGCGAGAGAGCGUACUACCUUGCAACUACCUACUAAGUGGAAGAUCAUUUUUGUUCUGUUCAAAUUGUAAUUUUUUUUCAGAAUUGUAUCAAUGUAAAAGUAGACAUUUAACUAAGUGUUCCUUUUCCUAGGUAAUUUUCUUUCCAGUCAGUGUACCAGUACAUGGAGCUUAAUGUUUAUGCAAGUGACCUUGUACAUUAGAACUAUGCAAGUGGUGAAAAACAUCUGCUUGUGGCAUAUUUACAAAUUUAAAGGCACUUUUCUCCAGUGAGAUGAAACUGGGAUUAUCAUUCUUUGGGAAGUGUAGUUUGCAAGUUUGUUUUACUAUUAACUAAAACAGUUGUCAUCUGGAGAAUUUUGUAUUCUACAAACUGAAGUGCCAACGUAGUGAUUUUGAACACUAUACCCAUACUUGGUAUAUCUACAGCUUGUUGCCACAUGUUGAUUCUUGCUGUGGUUCAUUAAUUCAUUAAACAAUUAUUGCAACUA